AUGAAAUUCUCUUCAAAGUCCGUCGUCACUCCACCUCGCAAUGUCAUAAUCUUUCUCCAUCUAUGUGGCCAAGAAACCGCGGAUAUCGGUACACGUCUGAAGGAAGUGUACAAGGAGCACGCCCCCGCUAAAAGUCCAGUCUACAAGUCUCACUCGAAGUUCGCGUCUGGCGACUAUUCCAUCGAAGAUGAAGACCGUUCGGGACGCCCGAUGGAGUUGGAUUUUGACUUGCUGCGGAGACAGGAGGAAGUCUACCCGUAUCAAACCACUCGCGAACUGACAGUCGCUCUUGGGGUGAGUCAAACCACAGUUGUUCGCGGAUUGAAGUCAAUCGGCAAAGGGCGAAAACUAGAUCGAUGGGUACCACAUGCUCUGUAUGACAUGGACUGCCGCGCUGAUACCGCACUUUCUCUCCUCCCGCCCAAGCGCACCCACACGUGGCUUGAGCACCUAGUCACUGCGGAUGAGAAGUGGAUUUCCUUCUAA